AUGUCCUCCACCGUGAACAACGGAGCAUCAGGUAUGCCGUCCCCGCCCGACGCCGCCAACGGCUUCCCGCAGCCCGGCGCCUCCUCGGGGGCUUGGCCGCGAGCCGACGAGGAGCUGCGCGCCGCGGAGCCGGGCCUGGUCAAGCGGGCGCAUCGUGAGAUCCUGGACCACGAACGCAAGCGGCGUGUGGAGCUCAAGUGCAUGGAGCUGCAGGAGAUGAUGGAGGAGCAAGGGUACUCCGAGGAGGAGAUCCGGCAGAAGGUUGGGACCUUCCGGCAGAUGCUGAUGGAGAAGGAGGGGGUGCUCACGAGGGAUGACCGGCCUGGAGGACAUAUCGCGGCGGAAACCCCGCGGCUGGCCGAGGGCGCCGAGCCCGGCCUCGAGUACCCGCCUUUUGACGAGGACGACGACCCAGUGGACUGCGGCUGCCCGGCUGCCUGCUACCGCGGACACCGGGGCUACAGGACCAAACACUGGUCCAGCAGCUCGGCGUCGCCCCCUCCCAAGAAGAAAAAGAAGAAGAAAGGUGGCCACCGGAGAAGCCGCAAAAAACGGAGACCAGGGUCGGUGUGCAGCUGUGGGAGCUCCUCACCCCUGCGCAAGAAGAAGAAGAGUGUCAAGAAACACCGCCGUGACAGGUCCGAUUCUGGGUCCCGGAGGAGGAGGAGGCACAGAUCUCGAAGCCCCAAGAGCAAAAGAAAAGAAAAGAACAAAGAUAGGAAGAGGCCUCACGCAGAGUCUCCGAACCGGAGGUGCCACCGACACAGCAGCGGCAGCUCGCGUAGCCCCUCAGUGUCCUCCCAGUACAGCGGUUCCAGGUCACCCAGCAGACUGAGCCCCAAGCACCGAGAUGACGGGCGGAAGACCGGCAGCCAGCGGUCCAGCGCGAGCCGGUCGGCUUCCCCGUCGGGCGGCAGCGGAUGGGGGUCGCCCCAACAGAACGGCGGCGGCAGGCAGCGGAGUGCGGCGCACGGCGGCCGCCCGGGCCCGGCGCGCAGCCCGCCCGAUAAGCCCAGCUCGCCCUCGCCCAGGGCCCGAGACAAGGCGGCGGCCGCCGUGUCCACGCCGCCCUCGCGGGGGAAGGACAGCCCGAGCCCGCGCUCCGCGCCGUCGUCGCAGGGUCGCGGGGGCCGCGCGGCCGCCGGGCCGGCCCGGAGGCGGCGGCGGCGACGGAGACGGAGGCGCUCCCGGUCCUCGGCGUCCGCGCCCCGUCGCAGGGGUCGCCGGCGCGCCCGGCCCGCGCCGCCCCGGGCCUCGUCGCGCUCGCUCAGCAGGGCCCGCUCCAGCAGCGACUCCGGCGGCGGCGACGGUGGUGGUGGCGGCGCCCAGGGCCCCGGACCCGAGCCCGGCUCUGAGCGAGGUCACGGUGGACACGGGAAACGGACGAAGGAGCGGCCCCCGCGAGCCCGGCCAGUCAGCAACUCGUCAUCCCCCGGCGCGCACGGCCGGCGCGGCGCCCCCGAAGCCAAGAGUUCGUCCCGCAGCCCCGGCCCGCACCCGCGUUCGUGGAGUUCGAGCCGCUCGCCAUCCAAGUCCCGCUCGCGCUCGGCCGAGAAGAGGGCGCGGAGUCCCAGCCGCUCGCCUUCGCCCAAGAAGGCCACGGGCCGGGAAAAGGACGGCGAGGCCCGGGCGCGGCACGCUGAGGCCGAGGCCGCACGCGCCCGGCGCCGCUCCCGCAGCUACUCGCCUAUCCGCAAGCGGCGCCGGGACUCGCCCAGCUUCAUGGAGCCGCGGCGCAUCACCAGUGCCCGCAAGCGUCCCAUCCCCUAUUACCGGCCCAGCCCCUCCUCUUCCUCCAGCUGCCUGAGCAGCGACUACUCCAGCCGCAGCCGCAGCCCCAGCCCAGGCCACAGCCACGGGAGCUACAGCAGCCGCAGCCGGACCCGCAGCCGCACACGCAGCCCCUCCCGAACCCCCAGUCCCAGCUACCACAGCCGCAGCAGCUCGGAGGGUGGGGGUUUCUGA